CAGAUGCCCACCUCCCUGCCCAGCCGGAGCGAUAAACACAAUCCGUGUGCCCCAGCGCGGAGCGAAACCGAAAGGCGGAUUGUGACAGGUUUGAGGUCACACACCGCGUGCCAGCCCGGUUGAAUAAGUCAUCAGCGGUCCGAAACGUAUCUCGUGCCUUUUUUUUACGUCUCGGUUGCAGUUAAAAAAAAUAUAUAUACUUAAACGGACGUUGUUUUUCACCUUUCAAUUUGUCGUCAAUGGUUUGGGUUUAACCGAACCCAGCCAGCUGGGCAUCAUCCUUCCGUAAUCUUCUAGCGCGUUGAAAAGUUCUGUGCAGGAGACAUCCAGCCUGCGAGGAUGCGUGCCGCCCUGCUCAUGGCCCUGGUGGCUGGAGCUUGCGCCUCUGCGCUGCCCUUCAGUCCAGAACCCGGGAGGAAGAACUGGGUUCUCAUCGUGGCCGGCUCCAGUACCUGGGACAACUACCGCCACCAGGCCGACGUCUGCCACGCCUACCAGGUCGUGCACAAGCAUGGCCUUCCCGACUCUCAGAUUGUCGUCAUGAUGUAUGACGAUCUCGCCAACAACUCCGCGAAUCCGACUCCAGGGAAGAUUAUAAACCGACCCAAUGGACCUGAUGUUUACAAGGGUGUGCCCAAGGACUACGUCGGAAAGGACGUCACGCCUGCUAACUUCCUGGCUGUGCUGCGGGGAGACCGUGACGCUGUCAGCGGAAUGGGCAGUGGCAAAGUUCUCCAGAGUGGACCGGAGGAUCACGUCUUCGUUUUUUUUACUGAUCACGGGGGUCCUGGCAUCCUGUGCUUCCCGAAUCAAGACUUGCACGUGGAGGAUUUGAACAGAACAAUCCAAGAUAUGCAUGACAACAAGCAGUUUGCCAAGAUGGUGUUUUACAUCGAGGCCUGCGAGUCUGGCUCGAUGAUGGUUAACCUGGCGAGCGACGUUAACGUAUACGCCACGACAGCGGCGGGCACAAACGAGCCGUCCUACGCCUGCUAUUACGAUAGCGAGAGGAAUACCUUCCUCGGAGACGUGUACAGCGUCAAGUGGAUGGAGGACAGCGACUCGGAAGACUUGUACAAAGAGACGAUUCACAAGCAGUUCAAGAUCGUCAAGGAGGAAACGAACACAAGCCACGUGCAACAGUACGGCGACAAGACAAUCUCGCACAUGAAGCUGGUGGAGUUCCAGGGCGACCUGGAGGCGGUGCCCCCGCCGCCGCUUGUGUUGCCGCCCGCAUCCGUGAAGGACGCCGUCCCAAGCCCCGACGUGCCGCUCGCCAUCCUGGAGCACCGGCUGAACGCGGCGCGCGACCCCGAAGUGGCAUCGCGCAUCUUCGCCGACAUCCAGACACUGCUGCAGACGCGGAAGCGCAUGGAGGAGGUGGUGAGGGGCGUAGUGGGGCUGUGCGCCGCCACUCCCGAGCAGGCCCAGCAUCUGCUCGAGUCGCGCCAGGACCUGAACGAGCACGGCUGCUACCGCAGGGCCGUGACCCACUUCAAGAGCCGCUGCUUCAACUGGAGCGACCAGAAGUACCAGUACGCUCUGCGCCACUUGUAUGUCCUGCUCAACAUGUGCGAAGAAAAGAUUCCCAUCGGAAGAAUCGAGGAAGCCAUGGACAAGAUGUGCCUUGCACUGUGAAGGGAAAAGCCAGAAGGAAAGAAGCUUGAGUUUAAAUUGCAGUGAACUUUAAGAUCAAUGAUUCAAGAAUAAUUAUUCUGGUUAACCGUUGGGAUGGGUUUCAGAUUUGUAGUUUUUUUGGAUAUCAGGUUUGUGGAUUCUUUGGCCCAAUUUUAGAUUUUAUUUCCCACUUUCAGAUUUACGAAUUUAAACGUCUUCAACCGGCCCGACUUGUUUUCACACUCAAUUGAAUUUGUUGAAUCACUUUUAAAUACGAAUCCUGUAAAAUGUUAACAUUAAGUUCCAUCGGUAAAAUGAUAAAAUUUAAUGUAAACAUUUUGAUGUCACGUGAUGGCGCUUUUGGCGGAAAAAAGCGGUAAAUUGUGGACACUUCCUGCGACGUCACAUUUACAUAUCCAGUCCCUCCUUGGCUUUUAGAUUUUUUAAAAGAUAAAAAAAUAACUGGAAACAGAACCCUACCUUAUAGUAUUUAGUCUUAUUAUAAGAUAUACCACUGCUAGCAGUAGUUUAUGUUUAACUUGCACAUAUGGCGUGAAACUUUAACGCUGACGGUUGUGCAAUACAUGAAAACCUUUACAAUGAGACAAGAAUGUGGAUAGAUCCUUUAAAAAAAGAUAACACUGAGGUUCACCAGCCAAAAAGGUCAAACAGAUGAAUAACUUUCAGCAUUCAUUCAAAAACAUGCUGCUAAAUUGCCAGGAUGGCUCUUGCUCAUACAGUAAAACACCCUGCUGAUGAGACCCAGAGAGUCGAAACCAAUCCAGGGUUUGCCUCGCUCGCACAAACGGUGCUGGGCAACACUGCCCACCAAAGCUUUUUGGUUGACAAGACGACCUGUUAUUUUAUUUUUUACGAAGAAACAUUCUGUUAUUACCCACAAUCCACAACGACAGCGUGUACUCGUGCGCGCGAGCAUUUUUAUGCCAGUGUGGUUUCCGCCUGUAUGCGGAACCGUCCCACUCGUUGCGCAUAGGUAUUCUGAAGAAACUGCUGCACGCUGACUAUUACUUGACAAUGUUAAACCAUGUUUUAACUUUCCUGUGAGCCAUGUCCGAUUCUGUUUUGUUAAUCUCUUGCCAUUUGCUUUACGAUUACUCAUUUUAAGUUUUGUGGUGUUACAAAUCAAAAUAAAUAUUUGAACUCAA